AUGGACGAUCCUGCGCCAUCUGAAGAUAUCAUCAACGUCUCCCUUCUUCCCAAAGCCGGCGAACAAGCAGACGAAGAUGCUGGCGAGGAAGAGAUGCCAGACUGGCGCGCACUGUCAAAGAUGUAUAAGAGCACGAAGAAACGUGGUAUAGACGACUCGAAUGAAGCUCUCAUACCGUUCAUUCCGAAAAGAGGCGAAAAGGACUAUGAGCCGACCGCUCAGAAUGCCUCGAGUCAGGCCAAUCUGCUCACCGAAUCCAAAGACGCUCUUUUCUCUGCGCUAGGCGCUGGCGAACGUCGUCAUGCUGCCAAACAGCACAACCUUGCCAUAUGGCAUCCUCAGCUGGGUCGCGCCAGUCUGUCAGGUCCAGGCUACGGCAUUCAUUUCCUCUCAAUGGGUUUGUACCAUGCAGAGCGGAAACGACUCGAGCUUCUGCCCGAAGAAGCACUGUAUCUCAUCGAGAGGGGUGCAAUAGAAUGCUGGAACGCAGACAAGACGACAGGGGAGCCCUCGGUACCCAUGAGCGUGCAAGAAGCCUUUGCUCUCAUGAUUGGCUCUGACAGCCUCAGUAUGCCCAAAUACCAGACUUACUCCUACUUGCGCAGGCUGGGAUAUACCGUUGCUCGAGCGAACCGUACCGAGACAGCUCUCGCGCGACAAAGAGUCGCAAGACUAGUACGGCCGAAUCAGCUGUCCAUCUGGCUUUCGCGAAUCAGUUCUACGUUGAGACGUAUCAUAAGAAGGCUAGCUAAGAAUUUGAGACAAGUGGCGAGAAGGGCACAGCGUGUAACGCAAACGACGCUCCUCAACUGUGUCGGACUGCGAAAAUCGUUCCCUACACUGGAUCGUAAUGGUCUCGCCCGUCGUCGCAUCGAUGUACAAUUAUGCCCCGAGCCACUAUCUUCGAAUCUUGCAGCUAUCACAUACGACGAUCUCUUCAGCUCUAUCCAGAUCAUUCGGAGCGGUCACCUAGACCCGCCACCAGCCCUCAUAGGACCUCCUGAAGAUGAAUUGCGUGUAUUCUACCACAUCUACAAGCCAAACACUAAAACGCGCAAGACUGCCCUGCCCGAGCCAGAUUAUAAAGUCGUCAUACUAGACGGACAAAAGUCAGUCGUGCCCAGUCUGUGGCAGCUAUCGCACCUGUUCGAGUCGCUGCCCGAAGCACUGACACCGCCGCCGCGCGUGCAGAGAGGAACGCCUCGCCCACCGCGAACGCCUCGUCAGAUGCCAAAUCGCACCUUCCCCGAAAAAAUCAUCAAUUGGAUCCACUCACGUCUUCCCAGAUGGAUCACAAAGAAAGUGCCGCGUCGGCACUGGCCUUUCGUGAAGCUCAAACAAGCCCGAAAGAACGUCUUGCUCUGCGUAGUCGAUCGAGGCAUCACGACCUUUCUACGCUUUGGUCAAGUCGAUUUUGCAGAGAGUGCGUGGUUAGGGGAAGGCAGGAUGCCGGCGAUGUAA